AUGGCUGGAUGGGGUAGAAAAGGACCUAAAGGGCUCCGUUUGAUGGCGUUAGAAGUACCUCAGCUUGUUGUGUCCGGUGAAGAAACGACGCUCACAUGUGUCUUCGAUUUAGAAGAAGACACUUUAUAUUCCAUUAAAUGGUACAGAGACGAUCUAGAAUUCUUCCGGUACGUUCCCAGCGACAAACCACCCAACCAGUUCUUCCCACUACAGGGUCUAGAUAUCGAUUUGGGCCGCUCCAGCAACGGUACGGUCUACAUCCAGGAUGUUGACGUCAGCACGGCGGGAACGUACAAGUGCGAGAUAUCGGCUGAUGCCCCCUCCUUCCAGACAGUAUCGGCCGAGAAAAUGCUCACAGUUACAGAUAACUUCAUUUCAAACUACUUACUGGAGUGCUGCGAAUUAAUAUCUGUUGAUCGAGUUGUUUAUAAAGGUCUAGCUGCAGCUGCUGCUUGCUAA